AAGAUAUAAAAAAGAGUGUUAUAUGGAUCAUGUCGGACUAAUUUCAUAAUAAAAAAAAGAUUUUGUACUUACAUGUCAAGCUAACAUGUUUGUACACUUAAUUUUUCAUAUUAUUCAAAUAAAAAUUAUAUAAAAAUUAGUAUUGCGAAUUGCGUUAACUAGUUUAUAUAUAUUUGAAAGAAAUGAAUAAUUCAAACGAGGUGAUGCCAUUCACUAGUUAGUUUCGUUACUCCAGAAGAAAAGUCCCAUAAUUCACUCUAUAAAAAGUGCUUCCAACACAACCAGUUCUUUUCACCAAACACAAGCACAAGCAGUACUCUGCACACAUAUAACUAUCUAGCUAGCUUGCUGUAAAACUAUGUUCACCAACGUAGUAAACUAUUUUGGGCUUCACCUCUUUGACAUCUUCAUUCUUCUCUUUGUAGCAGCUUUCACCUUGAUAUGGUUCCAAUGGAUAACCAAGAAGUUAUCAUCAGUACCAUUGGCACCCCUACCACCAGGCCCUCGAGGCUUGCCCAUAGUUGGAUACUUUCCUUAUCUGAGCCAAAACCUUCACAUAGACCUAACAGCUUUGGGUGAGGUUUAUGGUCCAAUUUACAAGUUUUGGAUGGGAACCAAACUAUGUGUAGUCAUCAAUUCGCCACAGCUAGUCGCCCAAGUGGGUCGUGAACAAGACAUAAUAUUUUCCAACCGUGAUGUUGGUGUCUCUGCCUCAAUCAUCAGUCAAGGGGGCCUUAACAUUUCUUUCCAACCGUAUGGUACAGAUUGGAAGAAGCUGCGAAAGAUCUUAGUUCGCGAAAUGUUAAAUAAUUCUGUGCUUGAUAAUCUAACAGAGCUGAGGAGACAAGAGGUGAGAAAAUCAGUGAAGUGUAUCUAUGAAAAGAGGGAAAGCCCUGUUAAUAUAGCACUCUUUACGUACCAAACGACCAUUAAUUGUGUUAUAGGCAUGACGAUUGGUACUUCAUUAGAAGAAAAUGAGUCGGUCAGCCAUGUUGAUGGUUCUAAGUUUAAGAAGGCAGUAGAGGAACUCUUUGAGUUGCUAGCGAAACCUAAUAUCUCUGAUAUUUUUCCGAUGCUUAAGUGGUUUGAUAUACAGAAAAUUGGAAGAGAUACAGAGAGGAUUAAUCAAGUGUUCGAAAUGGUAUUUGAUGAUGCUAUUGCUAAGAAGAAGAAGAAGGCCAUGAAAACUAAUGGUAAUUAUAGUCCCAUCCUCAAGGAAUCCACCACCAAGGACAUUCUACAAUCCCUUGUCGAGCUUCAUCUUCAACCUCAAGAUAAGGAUACUUAUAUUACCAUACCCGAAAUCAAAGCAAUACUUAUGGAUAUCUUCGUGGCAGCUACAGAUACUAUCACAACAUCCGUAGAAUGGGCAAUGACAGAAAUUAUGAGGAAUCCAAACGUUUUGAAUAAAGUAAAUGAAGAACUAAAGCAAGUUGUGGGAUUGAACAACACCCUAGAAGAGUCUCAUUUGUCCAAACUAACAUACUUGAAUGCAGUUUAUAAGGAGACAUUACGAAUACAUCCACCUGGGCCUUUUUUAAUACCUCGUUCUUCAAGCCAAUCUACUAUUGUUGGUGGUUAUACUAUACCCAAAGGGACUGCAAUUUUUCUCAAUGUAUGGUCUAUACAAAGAGAUCCUAGUGUAUGGGAAAAUCCUUUGGAAUUUCUCCCUGAAAGGUUCUUGAUGAGUGGUAUUAAUGGAUCAAGCAAUAAUGGGGGUAAUAAUAAUGAAUAUAACUUUUCAGGUAACACUUUUGAUUAUAUUCCAUUUGGAACAGGAAGAAGAAUAUGUCCGGGAGCUUCUUUAGGGGAGAGGAUGUCGCUCAUUAUAUUGGCUUCUUUCUUGCACUACUUUCAUUGGAAAUUACCUAAUGAUACUGAGCUUGAACUAUCUGACAAGUUUGGGCUUGCUCUUAAGAAAAGAGUCCCUUUAAUAGCUAUUCCUACACCCAAAUAUUCUGAUUUAGAGCUAUACACUACUAUUUCUAAUUAAAUCUUAUGUAUUAUAUAUAUAAAGAGAUGCAAAAUAUUAGUAAGCAUAUGGGUCCGUACGGAGCAUGAGUAUGUCGACCACAAUAAAAUGUAUCGUACUUAAUAAAUAAAAAAUGACGAGAGAUUCAAUAAA